AUGAAAUCUAUUUCAAGAUACAUUAACCCAAUACUAACUCAGCCCAUCCUAAUGUUUCUUUGCCUAAUAUUUCAACUAAUCCUGUCCAGUGCCCAACCCACACCCACAUUCAAAUCCCAACUAUCGCUUCUAAUCAGAGAAUCACAUAAAAACCAGCCCCAAACCAGCUCUUUGAUGGAUAAAGAAACACUGCUGCACCAGUUACAACAAAUGUUCGAUCUAUACCAAACCUAUCGCCCAUUGAAGGAAGACGAGAAUCUUAUAACACCAUUUGCCCCUGCCAACUUAGAGCCCCGGGGCUCGCAAUGGGCUCUAAAACUCCAUCCAGAUACUCUACUAGAUGCCUCUAAAAUCCUAACCAUAGUUCGGGACACCGGUCAAUUAAACACACUGACCCAGCUAUCAGUAAUACAAGCCACUCGGAUCAGAAUUGCUGGCAUACCACACAACCCGUCAGCUUCUGGACAGCUUAUUCAGCGACUGCUGUUGCUUGCCAACCCCAAAGUGCUUGAUUUGGAAGAAGGAGUAUUCACCGCGUUUAAUGCCAAACCUAUUUCCUUCUACUUCACCGACGAGCAAAAAGCGUGUCUUUCUAGCAAAGAUCCGGUUGCUUUGAAUGUGAUCGAUCAUGGCGCUUGGAUCAUCAACUUGUUAGACGCCGUCUACACGAUAGUACCCGUUAUUUCACUGGCCAUUACUAGCUACAACCUAGUACCUUCUACUUCUCUCGCCGCGACUAAUGCCGAAAGAGUCACAUGGCAGGUUUUCGCUAGACUUGCCUGGUGCGAUAAUUACACUCUUGUUCUGGUCUGCGACAUGUCCCCCGAGCCACUACAGUAUUGCUUGUCUAGCCCGAAAAGCUGCCGCUCCCUAACUCUUUGCAAGUACGAUCGCGCGGGAAAGAUAGAGGGACAUCUUUUCCGGUCCCCGGCUCUAAGAAAGGUUGUAGUUGACUUUCUAGCCAACAGACUCACCACCGAGCUAAUUAUUGAUUACGAUAUUCUUCGGAUCUUUGCGCCUAAUAAGAAAGACGGCUAUUCAUUGCAAACAUUGCUAAACCUGACUAUUCUCUACGAGCCAUAUUUUCAGAGUGCCUCGGUGGAAAGAGUUGUGCACUGGAUGGACACACAGUCCCGGGGGUGUGAUUGGGCAUUAGCAUUGCUCGGUUGCUGUGCCGGCUGCUCACAGGACCCUGUUUUAGUUGUUUCUUCUGUCCAAAUCAUCUAUGAUGCUAUUUGGGAGAAUAAGGUCAUUACCACCGAGAGCUCUAAUACACCCAAUACUAUCUCAAUGAAACACCUACUUGCGACAAUGAAGAUUGUUCUGAAAUAUAUGAAGAUCACCACCCUUUCUCCGAUCAACCCAAUCACUAUUAUUCAAAUUGACACCGAGCCAACUAGCCUUGAGCUCAUGCAAGCCUUUAAUAAGAUCAAUGCCCUCUGCAAUUGUAUAAAUGGACUUCAAAAUAGACCCUACCAGCCACUGCCCGAUCAAUCAAAUACUAACCCAACGCUAAUCUCACAAUACCAACUGGACAUAUACAUCACACCGACUCCCUAUCUAACUGAAAAGAUUGCAAACCCAUUCAAAAACAUCUUGACUUCCGAAAGCGCUGGCUCAAUCAGAAGCCUGGUGGUCAAGCAUACGCUCACCAUUCAAUUCCAAGACGAAGAGUUCCCUCUUCUAACCUUACUCGCUAAACUUUCUGACGCCGCAGUAGUAGACUUCGUUGAUCUUCCCGACCCUGCUAGCAGACAAAAGCCACUGCCUCCACCCGAUUCACCCUGCCACGUCCACGCCGCCCGAAUCUGUUUUAACAUUGGUUGUCACCCACGCGCCGUCGAGUAUAUUUUAACGCAGUGUGUGUUUGCCAACUCCAACACCCGCAUCUACACAGGCCCCAGCAGAUAUCCAGAACUCUUGGCCAUUCUUACAAAGUGUGCACCAUCUGGCUAUCCUUUCCAAAACCUACUUUACAUCAACGCACUAACCCAUGCUUAUUCACCUCUUCUCACUCAAACAGCCGUCCUCGGACAGAAAGAGGUCAUGUCUUUCAAGCUGUACGUUGACGAUGGCCCAUUUCCUUCUGCUCUGAAUGACAAGGAGUUUUUCGCCGGUUUGGCCGUUCUAAACACCCUGCCCACUGACUUUUCGAGCCCCGACCAAUACAACUAUGUGCAAGACAUUAGAGCCUGUCUAACCCAAUAUACCACCAUGCCGGCGCUCAAACUGGGCUAUUAUUGCCACCAAGGCAUGGCGAAAGAGUGCCAAAACUACUUUUCUUCAACACAACCCGCCGAUUCCCCUCCCGGCCCGGUGCUAACCCAAAUGCGCGCCUGGGAUAUUAUACUGCAGCCCUGGAACACCCCAAUUGAAGCCCUAGACUCAUCCCUUGCCAAACAACUACAAGAACAGGCCUCACCAGCCCAAGCUCUUAAUCCAGCACAAACCCACUACCAUUUAAAAACACCCAUUAUCCACUACCUUCUCAAGGACCAUUACAUCAAGACAAUCAUAGACUGGUGUGCUAUUCGAAUGCCGAAUAUAGCCCAAAUCAACAUAUACAAUCCGCCUCUUGAUAUAAAGAAGAGCGAAGCUCUCAAAUGGAAAUUACCCAACAACUACACCAUCCUUAUAGUUGACAACCAUUUGGCAAUCAACGCAAUUGGGCUAAACAUUCAUAUUGACGACAAUAAUCCCCAGAAAUCGCGUAUUGGCAUCACCAACUACAGCUAUCCUACCAAGAUAAAGCUCGAUGGCACACAGGCCAGCCGAUUUGUAUUCAGCAUAUCAUACAACCUCUACUUGUACAUUAGAAGCGGCCAUACCUGUGCGAAUCUCAUCAACCCAUGCCAUAUGUCGAUCUUAAUAAGUCUUCUCGCCCGCCGCAUUGAUCUCUGCAAAUGGACAUGCAACAGCUGUAACGCCGCCAACAAUGAUUUAUUCCCGCCCACUCCCUUCGAUCCAAACGUUAGCCACGUGCUAAUUAUGGACAAAGACAUCCGCAUUUGCUGCCAAUGCACAAUCAAUCAAGACAUGAUUAAUGAUUUUGCUGCUGAUAAAAUACCAAUUUAUAAACUCUAUCAGGCCCUUCCAAUUCAGUCCACAAACACCUACGCUGGUACUUCAACCACACCACCUGUCACUAAUUAUUCUAAUUGCCCCGAACCCAUUUUAAUCCAGCCAGUCGAUCUCAGCGACUACAUACUAACUCAGUAUCACAGUCAGCGGACCAAGACCCAGGACUGUUUUUAUAAACUACCAGGCAAUUUAGCUACAUGGAAAUCCAGCCACACUUUACCCUCACCGAUUCCAUUUGACACGACAAUAUUUACCCAAUUCCAACCCCAACCAAACACCAAUUCCGAUUCCAAACCCAAGUUGGGCACAUGGCCAGAAAUACUCUCGCCUUCCUACAUUCAACUAGCCCAACAACUAACCCAUCCCAAGCCAAUCCAAUCCAAAUCACAUUAA